AUGGUAGCGCACGUGGCACGAGAAAUCAGCACUGAGAAUGCGAAUAUCAAGCCAUAUCUGAUCGCCAUAGACAUGUCUUCCACAAUGUUCUAUAUUUCCCAUAUUUUAUUCGGUUUUAUCAAAUACAUUACAAUUGUCGCAAUUUGUGUCAUGCCAAUUUUUAUAGUCAUCGACAAUGUAAGCAUUGCUUUAUUUAUCCUAGUUCUUGCAAUAUACGGAAUCGGAAUUGUUUUGUUUGGAGCAUUGAUCGGAUCCAUUAUCCGAAGUCCCACUAAGGCAUUACUAGUUACUAUUGCAUCAUGGAUUAUUUUGGAUCGUUUGCUAUCCAUUUAUACCCUACGACGGGAAAAAUUUUGGAUUUGUCUAAUGUUUUCGUUCAAUAUUCACAGCGCAUUCGGUUUGGCAAUUGCAAUAAUGAAAGAUCAAAUGGCGAAAGGUGUCGACAUCAGCGUCAUUUCCAUGUUCAACGGAAUGGAAUACCAAUUUCCAAUGGGCUUGGCGGUUGCGAUGAUGUUGAUUGACUGUGUCAUUAUGUUUUCGCUUCUGCUACUCAUUGAAUAUCUUCGAUCAAACCUUUAUUUCUCGUGCUGCUUAAAAGAAAGCGGUGGAGAUCCAGUUUUGACCACUGAUAAUAAUAGGAAAGAAGGCGGACACGAAAAGAAGAGGUCGAUAUCGACAGAAUCGCAUGAAUACAGCACUCUGCUUGUUGCCGAAGUUGACUCGGCUAGAGAAAAAGGAACGUCUGAUAUCAGUGUGCGCGAUCUUGUGAAGAUUUAUUCAAACGGCGAGCGUGCUGUCGAUGGAUUGGACAUUCAAGUGAUGCGCGGACAAGUGUCGGUGCUUUUGGGCCACAACGGGGCCGGCAAAAGCACAACGUUCUCGUGUAUCACCGGAAUAACUAAGCCAACGAGCGGGAAAAUCCGAAUAUGCGGGGAUGAUGUUGUGAGGGAAUUCGAAAAAACACGCCACCACGUCGGAUUCUGCCCUCAAUACAAUCCGAUUUACAACAAGUUGACCGUCAAAGAGCAUCUCCAGCUCAUUCACGGCUUGAAAGACGCGUCUUCGCCGUUUGAGCCGGAUGCGACACAAUUGCUCACCGACAUCAGGCUUGUUUCGAAACAAGACGAGCUCGCCACGAAUUUGUCUGGUGGAAUGAAACGAAAAUUGUGUUUGUGUAUGGCAAUGAUUGGAAAUAGCAAAGUGAUAUUGCUCGACGAGCCGACUUCCGGAAUGGAUCCGGGCGCUCGAAAGGAUGUGCAGAAGAUGCUCGAAAUCGCUAAAAAGAACAAAACCAUUCUGCUAACGACACAUUAUAUGGAUGAAGCGGAACGUCUCGGUGAUUGGGUCUUUAUUAUGUCGCACGGUCGACUGGCGGCGUCGGGAACCUCGCGAUUUCUGAAGCAAAAAUUCGGAACCGGCUACCUGUUGACGGUGGUGUUUGAUGAAACGAAUCGACAGGAGGAGAUGGCUGAGGUGCUGCUGAAAACGUGCAAACGAUUUGUCAAAACUGCCGAAAUGGGCGAAUUUCACGGAAUGCAACUCGAGAUCAUAUUGCCGGAAAAUGAGAAGAGCAAUUUUCCCGAUUUGUUCAAGGCUCUCGAAGCGAUCGAAUCGGAAAAAUAUGAUUCGCCAUCGUUGGAAAAGGCUGGAAUUUCCGACGCGAAAGAACUCAAAAUUACGAGUUUUGGCGUUUCGUUGAACAAUCUCGAACAAGUAUUCAUAUCGAUUGAGGACUCGGUAGAAAAGAAAAGAGCAAAAAAUAGUUUGGACGAAGAAGCUAAUCGAAUGAAAAACUACGAGGCUCUUCAUAAGAUUUUAAAAGGCAUUUUGGACGAUUUGGGCAAAGCAGUUGUUAUGUUCCUACCGUAUACUCCAGAAAACAAAAUGAUACCUGCGAUGAAAAAAAUCAUUGCGAAUUAUGACGAUAUUACAAUUCGAGAGCUGAGACAACAUGAAAAUUUGGAUGAGGUGAUGACGGAAAGUCAAAAAGAGUUUCCAGCUAUUGCAUUUGGUUUCGAAGGUUUCAACACGAUUUACUAUAAUGAGCAGAACUACGCGAUUUAUCCAAUUGCAAUCAACACAUUGUUCCGCGCCCUAAUGCAGACGUUGGAUGCUCGAAACGCGGUUAUCGAGCCAUCCUUGCAGUUGAUUGCUGGAAAACACAAACACACGGAGAACAUGGACAGAUCGCAGAAAGUCGCCGCAGUUUUUAUUCAAGUCGGAAUGUUCGCGUUGAUCGUCCCAUCGUUUGUGGUGUUUCUAAUCGAAGAGCGAGUCGUCAAAUUUGCACAUCAGCAAUUUCUAACCGGCAUCUCACCAGCCAUCUUCUAUUUGGGUUCGCUUCUCUAUGAUCUCGCAUUGUAUUCCGUUGUGUGUGGAAUUGUAACCAUCAUCUAUUUCUCAUUCGACUGGACCAAUAAUCACUUUUUGCUAAUUCUAUUCCUAUGGUUCUUGCUCUAUUUAACAACCGUUCCAUUCGUCUAUGCCAUCUCAUUCUUAUUCACGUCAUCUGGUAAAGCCGUCGGAAUGCUUCUCUUUUGGCUAAUCGUUGGCACGAUGAUUGCCGUUUUCACCGAUAAAACACUUCUGAUGAUAACCGGGAAUCGUGAAGUGAGCGAGAUUUUGACGUAUAUUUGCAAUUUCCUGCUUCCGCUCUUCGAUUUCGCAACAUUUUUGUACGACAUUAGUAUGGACGAAAAAACGAGCAACACGAAUAUGCUCGUUUGGUCGUUGAAUGGAAAACACGUGGUGUUCAUGGCGAGCUUCGGACUCCUGUCGAUCGUGUUGUUCUUCAUUUUUCAAGCGCAACCCGUCCAGAAAUCGAUAACCCAUUGUAUGACAUUGAGAAGUACGGAUGCCGAGGCACCGCCGCCCAAAGUGGAUUUGCCGCAAUGCGAAGCCGUCGAAACUGAAAAACAAUUGGUUCGAAGUGGAAAAACGAGGGAUUGUGUUCUGAUUGCCAAAGACCUUACCAAAAACUAUGGAAACUUUGUAGCAGUGAAUCGAUUAUGUUUGGCGAUUCGUGGAAAUGAAUGCUUUGGAGUUUUGGGAGCGAAUGGAGCCGGAAAAACGACGACGUUCGGCAUUCUGACGGGUCAAAUAUUUCCAUCGGACGGCGAGGUGACGAUUGAUGGAAAAGACGUAUCCGACAAUAUUGUUGUGGGAUAUUGUCCGCAAUUCGACGCCAUCUUCAAGGAUUUCACCGGAAGACAGGCGCUUGAACUAAUCGCCCAAAUGCAUGGCUAUUCGGAUUGUCAAGCCAUCGCGAAUUCGAUUUUGGAUUGUGUUGGAAUGAUGGACCACGCGAACAAGAAAUUCAAGAACUACAGUGGUGGACAGCGGCGAAAAAUAUCGAUUGGUGUGGCGCUCAUGGCGCCGGCCAAAAUAGUGAUACUCGAUGAGCCGACGGCUGGCAUCGAUCCGAGAGCGCGACGCGAAAUUUGGGAGCUGCUCUCGUGGUUCCGACAAAACUCGGACUGCGCCAUCAUGCUCACAUCGCACUCGAUGAACGAAUGCGAGGCGCUCUGCACAAGGAUCGCAGUGAUGGAUCACGGAAAAAUGAUCGCCUUGGGAACAAGUCAAGAUCUCAAAUCGCUAUAUGGUGCCAAUUACACAUUGACGUUGACGCUGAAAAAUAGUGACGAUCGUCAGAAGGUGUGCGAAAAGGUCGCGCAAAAGAUACCGACGGCGGUUUUGAAAACGGCUGAAUCGAAUAUGACACAAAAUUUGAAAUGGACGAUCCCUAAAAAAUCGGGCGAUAAAUGGUCCAAAAAAUUCGAAGCGAUCCAAAAAAUGGCAAAAGAUUUAAAUGUACAAGAUUUUAUGCUUGCUCAAUGCACACUAGAAGAAACUUUCUUGCGGCUCGCUGGACUUGAUUCUGAGCGCGAAUAA